CGGCGCCGGUGCUGCUCCCCGGGCGGCCAUGGCGACUUUCCGCCUGGCCCUCAUCCAGCUGCGGGUCUCUCCCAUCAAAUCGGACAACCUCACUCGAGCUUGCGGUCUCAUCCGGGAGGCAGCGAGGAAAGGAGCCAAGCUCAUUUCUCUCCCGGAGUGCUUCAACUGUCCGUAUGGCACCGACUACUUCCCUGCGUACGCGGAGCAGAUCCCUGGGGAAUCCACACACAAGCUUUCCGAAGUAGCAAAGGAGUGCGGCAUCUACCUCGUCGGAGGCUCCAUCCCCGAGAAAGACGCCGGGAAGCUGUAUAACACCUGUGCCGUGUUCGGGCCCGAUGGCAGGCUGCUGGUGACCCACAGAAAGAUCCACCUGUUUGACAUCAACGUCCCUGGGAAGAUCACCUUUCAGGAAUCGCAAACACUGAGUCCCGGUGAUAGCUUCUCCACGUUUGAUACUCCUUACUGCAGAGUGGGCCUGGGCAUCUGCUACGACAUCCGCUUCGCAGAGCUGGCCCAAGUCUACGCCCAGAGAGGUUGCAAGCUGUUGGUGUACCCUGGAGCUUUUAAUCUGACCACGGGGCCAGCCCACUGGGAGCUGCUUCAGCGAGGCCGGGCCGUCGAUAACCAGGUGUACGUGGCCACAGCAUCGCAGGCUCGGGACGAGAAAGCCUCUUACGUAGCCUGGGGCCAUAGCACCGUGGUGUCUCCUUGGGGGGAGGUCCUGGCCAAAGCUGACGCGGAAGAAAUGAUUGUGUACGCAGACAUAGACCUGAAGAAGUUGACAGAAGUACGCCAGCAAAUACCUAUUUACAGCCAGAAGCGCUCAGACCUCUAUGCAGUAGAAGCAAAACAACCCUGAAGUCAACAUUUCCAAGUGUCGUGACAGGAAGCCGAUUCUGCAGCCUGACUCCGUAUUGAACUCUCUCUAGUCACUGAGGCUUAAUCACUGGGUUUUGGUGCCAGCACUGUGAAUGCGCCCCCCCCCCCCAUUUUAUCAUAUAGGCCAGAGAGAUUGAGAGGGGAGCGGGAAAUAGGGAGGGAGAGAGGAAGAGACCCCUCUUCUGCAACCCUGCUUCACGAAGCUUCUUCCCGGCAGGUGGGGAGCGGGGGCUUGAACCCGGUGCUUAGAGCCCCAGCCCCUCUCAAGUUUUCGAUGGAGAUUUCUUCUACUGUGGCUCACUGCCAUCUGUGGGCUUUUCCCUUUUUGCUUCCGGACAGGGUGAGAUGCAGGGAAAGGGGGCGACACCACCUUUGCACCUGAGCACACCUGCGGUGUGAAGUCUGCGUGCGGGUCUGGGGUCUCGGGCGUGGUGGGGUGCUCUGUGCCAGCGGGCUGGCUCCGCCAACUAGCGCUCCCUUCCUGGGCGCCCUGCUGAGUGCAUGCUGCUGUUGAUAGCAGAGGCUGAGGCUGGCGCUGAAGGGCGGGCAGGAGGGGAAAGGCGCUUCUCUCAGGCCUCACUCAGCAGGUGCCCCCCCCCCCCAGGGUUUCCGCAGAUGGACUUUAUCACAGACCACUUCUGCUGAAGUUGGCGUUCAUCACAUGAGAGCUUGUCCGAUAGCAUUCUUUCCCCAGCAGUCAGCAGCUAGAGCUUUGGGUGGUGACAGCUCCGGGGAGGAGGGGAGGCAGGCGAUGGAUAGAUGGCAGCCCCACCCUUUCUGGGCUCUUCAGCCCUGUAGGCCUGGGGGGAGGGCGGCAGGUGAGGAAGGAGCCUUCUCCCCAGACAGGCCCUCCCAGAGCCGGUUGUCAAGGCAACUGUAGUAGGAAUCUGCAAGCGAUUUCCUUGGUGGCAUCUAAGCGGCUUCUUUUUUCCUUUUCUCCUCAGUAAUGCUUUCUCUUCUCCGGUCCCUUUACAUAACAGAAUGAUGAUGAUGAGCUUCUGCCCGUCAUAUCCCGUAUCAGAUUGGCACGUGCAUGGCACCAGCCGUUUGAGGAAAGGACCUGGUUCCAUAGUGGCAGUUGCCAACGUCUGUUGUGCAAGUAGUUCCAGCAGGGCCAAGUUCAGGUUGUCAAGGUGACACCUGCAGAGCUGGGAGUGGGUAUCCUGAACAGCUUUUAGGGGCUACUGCAUCAGUCAGCCUUCGCGCAGCACUGUGGUCCUAUGCA